CACUACUCUUACUAGUCAGUUUCACUCAUGCGGUUUCAAUGCAGUAAAACAGCAGGAUAAACUCUAAAAUCUAAUUCCCUGUGAAUAAGUUUGAUUAUAUUUGCUGGUUAUUUCCUGUAGCGUUGCGUGGUUAAGUCAUAGACCGUUUACCUGUCAGGUAUUUUGUAUAACGCGUUUAUCUCAAUAGAAAGAUGUCAGCAAAGCGUUCAGCCACCACAGAGCUAAAUCAUGAAAACUGGGACCAAGAUGAUCCUGACGAACAUGAAGAAAUGGGCACCUUCAAACCUGCUUCUAAGGAAGCUAUUGAAAAGCGUGUGAUUAGGACGGCCAAGAGACGAAGUCAAAAUCCUUCAGAAGGGGCGAAACAGGGCGUCUUUAGCGGUUUUGGAGGCUUUAGCAAAGCACAACCAUCAUCAUUUGACUUCUUGGCCAAUUUGACGAACGGCAGCAAACCUGUGAAUGGCUCAACAUCAAAAACAGACACCGCUGUUUCAUCCAGUGGCUCAAAUAGCAGCUUACCAACCGGGAGUCCCAGUGGGGGCUUGUUCACCCUCCCAGUGUCAUCAUCUUCCAGUAAAACACUUUUCAGCCCCACUUCACAGUCAUCAUCAUUAUUUGGAGGCUCAGUGUCCGCCUCGUCAUCCAGCUUAUUCACUGCUUCAAAAGCAGAUUCAACUGUAGGAAACUUUUCUUUUAAACCACAAUCCACCAAGUCAAGUGACACACCUAAAACUGAAUCUGUGUCUGUAGUGUCAUCCACCAUGUUUGGGAUACCAGCCAACAAUACAGAAGCUAAAAAGUCUUUAUUUUCUACAGCGCCCAUAUCUUCACCAUUCAAGGCUCAAACAGUGUCAAGCCCAAAUAUUACAGCAAACUCCAGCAGCGCAUCGAACACUGAGAGCAAAAGUACAGAAGAUAAAUCAGAAGAAAGUGACAAAAAAAUGAGAUACUACACCAAACUCAAAGGGUUGAAUGAAUCUGUGUCUGACUGGAUUAAACAGCAUGUAGAGAAAACACCAUUGUGUAUACUGUCCCCAAUAUUUAAAGACUAUGAGAAACAUCUAAAAGAGAUACAAGAAGAAUAUCAGGGUUCCGAUUCUAGUGAUGUAACAAAGAAACAUUCCGAGACAAACUCAAAGACUGUAGACUCUAAAGCUGAACAGCCUGCUACAAAAUCUUCACCAUUUACUGGCUCUAGUUCUUUAUUUUCUAGUUCAAAUCUUCAGAAGGCAAACUCUACGUCCCCAUUUUCAACACAAAGCAGUCCUAACUCAUUUGGUGAAAAAGGAAUUAAUAUUGCUAGUAGUGCUUCGAGCCCACCAAAAUCACAAGGAUUUUCGUUUGGCAAUAAUAGCUCUCCUCAGAGCUCAAGUUUAAUGACAAACUCUACUACUACAACUCCAUUUUCAUUUGGAGCUGGAAAGCCAUUCAGCAUCAGUAACUUCAACGCGCCGAAAUCUACCGAAGAAGAGAAAAAUGAAGAUGCUGAUGAUGAGCCACCUAAAGUGGAGUACACACCUGUGGUUGAGAAAGACAGUGUCUAUGAGAAAAAAUGUAAAAUAUUCGUAAAAAAAGAUGGCAACUUUGCCGAUAGGGGUGUUGGUACGCUUUAUAUUAAGAAGAUUGAAGAAAGUGGAAAGUAUCAGUUGCUGGUGCGCGCUAACACUAACUUGGGCAAUGUGAUGCUGAAUUUAAUCUUAGCUUCUGCGAUUCCUACUCAGAGGAUGGGCAAGAACAAUGUAAUGAUGGUGUGCAUACCAACACCUGACACCAAACCGCCUCCAACUUCAGUACUAAUAAGAGUCAAAACUUCUGAAGAAGCUGAUGAACUUUUGGAAACUCUCAACAAAUACAAGAUGUAAACCAUAAUGAAACUCCCUACUCUUUUUGCAUACUAAUUAAGAGUACUUCCUAACGCCGUGUCUUGCGUGGGCGACGGUCGCGCGACCGUCGCCGUCGCGUCUCAUACUUCCAUAUCGAUAAGGUUUGAUUUCGUAUGCGUCGCAUCGCCGUCGCGCGACCAUCGCGCGCCCGUCGCCCACGCAAGCCACGGCGUAAAAGUUUUACUUAAGAACAUGCUUUUCUUAAAGAUUUAACAGUUCUGUAGAAAAAAACAGGAGGUAUUGCUAAUUAGUUGCUUUGGAGUUGGGAUGCGUCUUAGUGGGUUUAAAAUUUUAACUAUUUGAUAUGGUAAAUAUAAUGGUAAUGCUAUUAUAGUAUGAAAUGUAUGAAGUAUCCCAAAUGUCAUUGAAUGAACAUCAAAAAAAGGA